GACAUCGACUGAUUACGGUGAGCAGCAGCUCAAGGUGACGCAAAAUGGCAGCUCUGCUCGCGUGCAAUGGUCUCUCCAGGCCCAUCCUGGGCUCCCCUCUCGCAGCACGCCAGGUGUCGAGAGCAAGGCCCGUGCGCCAGACUGUUGUGCGCGCAGAGCGUGCCUUGUGGCUGCCAGGAGGUGAUGCCCCAGCACACCUGGAUGGCUCCCUGCCCGGUGACUUCGGGUUUGACCCUCUCGGUCUCGGAGCCGACCCCGAGCGUCUGGCUUGGUUUGCAGAGUCAGAAAGAGUGCAUGCGCGUUGGGCCAUGCUUGCGGUUGCGGGAAUUGCCGUGCAGGAGGUUGUGCGGCCGGACGUGUUCUGGUAUGAGGCAGCCCUGAAGAGCCCCAUGCCGUUCGGCAACAGCCCAGCUGCCAUCCUGGGGCUGGUGGCCUUUGAGCUGUUUGCGAUGCACUUCGUGGAGGUGAGGCGAGCGUACGACUUCAAGAACCCCGGCAGCCAGGACCAGGACCCCAUCUUCUCCAACAACAAGCUGCCCAAGCACGAGGUCGGCUACCCAGGCGGCAUCUUCGCCCCCGUCAUCCCAGGUGACUUGGCAGAGCUGAAGCUGAAGGAGAUCAAGAAUGGCCGCCUCGCCAUGCUCGCCUUCGCUGGCUUCGUCAUGCAGGCACAGGUGACCGGCAAGGGACCCCUUGCUUCUUUGGGCGAUCACUUGUCAAACCCCAUUGGCACCACCAUCUUCUCGAAGGCUGUGGUCAUCCCCGGCCAGGCCAUCGUGCCCCCCUGCAUGAUCCCCUCCUCUGUGGAGUACCACGGCAUCACCAUCCCCACCCCCUGCUUCCUCUCCGGCCUCUGGCCCUGAAAGCGGACAUACAUGCAGCAGCCACUUUGGCACCCCAUAGCGGGCAGGCAAAGCAGAGUGACUGCGAGGAUGGACAGGCAGCCGCUUGGCACCUUUAAUGGCGGUCACUCUCGCGCACAGAGCAAAUUGCUUGUGUGGCUCCCAGAGGGGCAGCAAUGUUCAGCUAGAGCCGGCUGGGUGCACCUCAGCUGCUAGCGGCCCGGCCGCUACUGUUCUGAAUAAACAUUCAUGCGCAGUGUCUGGUCGAUUGGGACCAGGCCGGCUGACCCUGGCUGCGAUUGGCCUGUUGUCUGACGUCAAAUGUUGAUGUCAAGAUCAAUCCAUCAGAACAUUGGGAGGACAAGCAAUAUGAGAAGAAGUCCUUAAGAUGCAACACACUCAUAAUCCCCUGGGACACCGUUGGGGAAAAGCUUCAGUACAUACAUGCCGAUACUGCCAAAAAAAUAUCAAGGAAAUAAUCUUGAGCUUACAACUUGUAACGGUCAAUGGCCAACAGC